AUGCAGCUGGUGGCUGAGGUCAUCCAGAUGGAUCUGAACUGGGGGUGCCUAGGAGAACGCCUUGUGGCUAAGCUGACAGUUAAAAGCCAUCAACAUGUAUACAGACUUAUACACACCCGGGGACAGCAUAGCCUGAAGACAUCCCCCCCCCAUCAAGGGUCACUACAGACCGGAAAGAAGCUGAAGAGCAAGAUCUCAAACCUGUACAGAGUGAGACAGGAAAUCAACAAUAGAAGCCAGAGGUACAACCCCAGCCAGCAGCUCCACUUAGGCAUCCUCAGUCCACCUAAGCCGUCAUCCACACUGCAUGUGAAUGUGCGUUUUGGGAUUCCUGUGACAGGAACAUCAAAUAUUCUGUUUAGCAGCAGCCGCUGUCACUUGUACUCGGAGUGGCGGACGUUGCACCUCGUUAUCAAGAAUGACCAAGGUCACACCAGUGUGCUGCACAGCUAUCCUGAAAAUGUGGGCCGCGAAGUCGCCAAUGCUGUGGUCCGUCCGUUGGGACAGGCACUCAAUUCCCCUUCCACCGCUGGAAGCGAGAGCAUACUGAAAACUGAUAAAGAGGUGAAAUGGACCAUGGAGGUCAUUUGUUAUGGGCUGACGUUACCACUGGAGGGAGACACAGUGAAAUACUGUGUGGAUGUAUACACCGAUUGGAUCAUGGCCCUGGUGGCUCCGAAGGAUUCCAUUCCCCAACCAAUUAUCAGAGAGCCCAAUAUGUACAUCCAGAUCAUCCUCAAACACCUUCAGAAUGUCUUUGUGCCCAGGCAGGAGCCGAUAGGAAACCAGUUUCGACUUUGUCUUCAGGUGUUGCGUGCAGUCCAGAAGCUGGCCAAGGAUUCUACUAACAUAGCUCGUGAGACCUGGGAGGUCCUGCUACUCUUCCUGCUGCAGAUAAAUGACACUCUGUUGGCUGCACCUACGGUCACAGGAGGCAUAGCCGAAAACCUGGCUGACAAAUUAAUCGGGGUUCUGUUUGAAGUCUGGUUCCUGGCAUGUACUCGCUGCUUCCCAACACCACCCUACUGGAAGACCGCCAAAGAAAUGGUAGCUAAUUGGAGACACCACCCUGCCGUGGUCGAGCAAUGGAGUAAAGCAAUUUGUGCAUUAACAUCUAGGCUGCUGCGGUUCACCUACGGGCCCUCAUUUCCUCCUUUUAAAGUUCCUGAAGAAGAUGCCAAUUUGAUUCCUUCUGAGAUGGAUAAUGAAUGUGUAACACAAACCUGGUUUCGGUUUCUUCACAUGCUCAGUAACCCUGUGGAUUUGAGUAACCCAAGCAUCAUAGGCACAACUCCCAAGUUUCAGGAGCAGUUCCUGAAUGUGAGUGGAAUGCCUCAGGAGCUGAACCAGUACUAUUGUCUGAAACAGCCGCCCCAAAUCUUCUUCCGGGCCAUGAGGGGAGUCAGCUGCCUUGUGGAUGCUUUUCUAGGUAUCUCUCGCCCCAGGGCUGACAGUGCUCCACCGACUCCUGUGAACCGGCUAAGCAUGCCACAGAACACGUCAACCAAUACCACGCCUCCACACAGCCGGCGACAUCGAGCUGUCACUGUUAACAAAACCACCAUUAAAGCCAGUGUAAACACAACGCACAGCACAAAGCUUCAACAGCAGCCGUCUUCCACAUCCCCACUCUCUAGCCCAAACCAAACAAACUCCGAGCCACGUCCCUUGCCGGCUCCAACAAGGCCCAAAGUCAACAGUAUCUUGAACCUGUUUGCCUCCUGGCUGUUUGACGCUGCUCUGGUCCAAUGCAAGCUGCAGAAUGGGGUUAAUCGAGACAGUAGUAUGACAGCAAUAGCUACACAGGCCACCGUGGAGCUUCGCCGUAAAGGUUCCCAGAUGUCCACAGACACCAUGGGAUCAAGUACGAUUUAUGAUGCCAACGAAAUCCCGGAGAUUUACGAGGCCGGACGGGCUGAAGCCUGCGGUACUUUAUGUAGGAUUUUCUGCAGCAAGAAGACUGGGGAGGAAAUCUUGUCUGCUUAUCUGUCCAGGUUUUACAUGGUCCUGGUGCAAGGAUUACAGAUAGGAGAGUUUAUCUGCCACCCAGUACUUGCCAGCAUUAUCCUCAACUCAGCUCCUCUCUUCUGCUGUGAUCUUAAAGGGAUCAAUGUGGUGGUUCCGUAUUUCAUUUCGGCACUAGAGAUUAUUCUGCCAGACAGAGAGCUGUCAAAAUUUAAAAGCUAUGUAAACCCAACAGAACUAAGGAGAUCUAGUAUUCACAUCCUACUGUCCCUGCUGCCUUUGCCACACCAUUUUGGGACUGUGAAAUCCGAGGUGUUGCUAGAAGGCAAAUUUAGUAAUGAUGACUCUGGCAGUGACAAGCCUGUUACCUUCCUGUCACUAAAGCUUAGGUUGGUCAAUAUUCUCAUAGGAGCCCUGCAAACCGAGACAGAUCCUAACAACACGCAGAUGAUUCUAGGUGCAAUGCUGAACAUUGUUCAAGACAGCGCAUUUCUGGAGGCCACUGGAAAUCAGGUGGAGAUGAUUGAAAAUAACCAGAUGAAAAGUCACAGCCGAACAAACAGCGGCAUCAGCACGGCCAGUGGAGGCAGCACUGAGCCCACUACACCAGACAGUGAGAGGCCAGCACAGGCACUCAUGCGGGACUACGGAUAUCCAGCUCUUCAUACAGAUACAGCUGCCGGUCUACUCAUGCGCAGCAUCCACCUGGUCACCCAGAGGCUGAACGCACAAUGGAGGCCAGACAUGAGCAUCUCAUUGGCUGCACUGGAGCUGCUGUCUGGACUCGCCAAGGUGAAGGUGAACAUCGACUCUGCAGACAGGAAGAGGGCCGUAAGCUCAAUAUGCUUGUACAUAGUGUAUCAGUGCUCACGGCCAGCUCCUCAUCACUCACGGGAUCUCCACUCCAUGAUCGUGGCUGCUUUUCAGUGCCUGUGCGUCUGGCUCACCGAGCACCCCGACAUGCUGAAUGAAAAGGAUUGUCUGAAGGAGGUUCUGGAAAUUGUUGAGCUGGGAAUAUCUGGCAGCAAGUCUCGAAACCCCGAGCAGCAAGAGGUGCGAUACAAAGGUGACAAGGAGCACAAUCCAGCCUCUAUGAGAGUAAAGGAUGCUGCAGAAGCCACCUUAACAUGUAUUAUGCAGCUACUUGGUGCAUUCCCGCCUCCGAGUGGUCCAGCCUCUCCUUGCAGUCUGGUUAAUGAGAUGACACUGAUCACCUACUCCCGACUGCCCACCAUCAGCAAGUACAGUUUCCGCUACUUUGUGUUGGAUAACAGUGUCAUCCUGGCUAUGCUGGAGCAGCCACUGGGAAAUGAGCAGAGUAAUCCAAGUCCAUGCAUCACCGUUUUAAUCCGAGGCAUGUCUGGCCGCCACGCAUGGUCUAUGCAACUCUGCCACCUUCCGAGAGCAGCGAGAGCCAACCAGCGAAUGUUCAUUCCUGAAGCAAGGCCGGAGCCUGAGAAUGACGUGGGGAUAAAGUACAAUGUAAAGCACCGGCCGUUUCCGGAAGAGGUGGAUAAAAUCCCUUUCGUUAAGGCCGACCUCAGCAUUCCUGACCUGCAUGAAAUCGUUACAGAGGAGUUGGAGCUUAGGCAUGAAAAGCUGAAGAUUGGAAUGGCCAAACAGAUUCAGUAUGAGACUGCGCUGGACCAUAGGAAAGAGGAAGAGUUCAAGAAGAAAAGCUAUCCGGACCCAGUAACAGAAUGCAAGCCUCCCACUCCAGCACAGGAGUUCCAGACUGCCCGGCUGCUCUUAUCACACCUUGGCUUCCUGUCUCUAGAAGCACUAAAAGAACCUGUAAACAGUCGUCUACCUCCUCACCUCAUUGCCCUUGACUCGCACAUGCCCGGGUUCUUUGAUGAUAUCGGAUACUUGGAUCUGCUUCCAUGUCGUCCCUUUGAUACAGUUUUCAUUUUCUACAUGAAAGCCGGACAGAAAACAAGCCAAGAGAUCUUGAAGAAUGUUGAAUCAUCUAGUAAUGUGCAGCCUCACUUCUUGGAGUUCCUGCUGUCUCUCGGCUGGCCUGUAGACGUGGGGAAGCACCCAGGGUGGACAGGCCAAGUGUCCACAAGCUGGUCGAUUAACUGCGUCAGCGAGAACGAGCAACAAGAUCAGGAUGAAACCACUGGUGCAGAGGACUCGGGUGGUAGCAUAUUCAACGGACAGAAGAAAGUCCUAUAUUAUGCAGAUGCACUUACAGAGAUUGCUUUUGUGGUGCCCUCAGUGACGGAUGCUCUCACGGAGUCCUCGGAAAGUAAUAUGUCCGAUCAGGAAAGUGAUUCUACAAUGGACCUGCUGCAUGGAAUAUUGAAGCAACCUUUGACUUUGGAACUUUUCCCAAAUCACACAGAAAACUUAAACUCCACACAAAGGCUUAGUCCAACAUCCCGCGCUAAGAAACUUCCACAGGGAAGAACCGUCCCACCACUGGGACCAGAGACUAAAGUGGCUGUUGUGUGGCUGGAGCAGUAUGAUGAUUUGGAGAACUUCCCACUGGCAGACAUGGCAGCAGAGACCAGCACUGGUAUCGAGACCACAUCCAACAGCAGCACUUCUGUCAGGAACAACAUGCCUGAGAAGGAGGUGCCUGUAAUAUUCAUCCAUCCCCUGUACACUGGCUUGUUCCGGGUAAAAGUCCAUGGGGCUUUGGGGAAGUUCAACAUGGUCAUCCCUUUGGUGGAUGGAAUGGUGGUCAGCAGGAGAGCACUUGGCUUUUUAGUGAGACAAACAGUCAUCAACAUAUGUAGGAGAAAGCGGCUGGAAAGCGACUCCUACAACCCGCCACACGUGCGCCGGAAGCAGAAGAUCACCGACAUAGUAAACAAGUAUAGGAACAGGCAGCUGGAGCCUGAGUUCUACACCUCCCUCUUCCAGGAUGUGGGCCUGAAGAGCUGCACUCCUUAAACCAAAGUCCCUAAUUCGGGGGCCCGCAGGCAAGUGACUUUGUCAAAGGGAACGCUCUGGCAAAGCCCGGAAACCAAAAAUACGAGCUCGAUGCACUGAAUGUGUGGAUGAAAGGAGGCUCUGCGACCCGCCACUUGGUGUCCAGCUCGAGGGAUCCCAUUCCAGGCUUGUGCUAGCAGAGGACUUUAUCACUGAUCACUUUGUAGACUGUCAAGCUGCAUGUGGAUCUUCAGGAUCGGUCCGCACACCACUGCUAGAGCACCAACACUGGAGGGCAAAGGAAGACUUGACUGAGCAGCUCCACGGACACAUGCCAGCGCUUUAGCCAUAUCAGUUUAGCCAUCCCACUCCAUGUAACAGACCUGAAACCACCUCCAUGAGUUGAAGUGACUCUUCUUUUAUAGGAAAGGGUGAACUAAGGCUAUUGUCACCAUUGUAUCUCGUGUACUGUAGCCUUAACACUGACACAGUCCUGUCAGUAAGGAGUCCUUAUAGCGAGGUUUGCAAAUAUAAACCUCACAAGAUGUAUGCAAUGUUUUAUUUUCUAGUGUUUCACGGGCGUAUUUAAUACAACAUUGAGGUGCGCUAACCUCUGGCAGCCAAUCACAAUUUGGCACCCUAGGCAGGACAUUCAAAGCUAAUGCCUGGUUUGUUGCCAUGGGCAUUACCGCAGUUCCUUGCUUUACAGGCCUUAUGUAGAAAGAAUCUGAUUGAAGGACUGU